ACAAAACAAAUUCUAUACGAAAAAAACGUACCAAGUGCAAAAUAAAAAAAACCAAAACAAAACAAAAAUUUAUGAAUAUUGUGUCAAAUUAAGAAAAUAAGUUCUCUAUCAAAAUCGUCAAAAUUCAACAAAAUCUCAACAUGUUGCACGAGGCAUUGAUGCUCGAGAUCUACAGACAGGCGCUAAAUGCCGGCGCCCUGCCCACAGCUCGUCCCCGUUCCACGGAAUCGGCAAAUUCCAGCGAGCGUUGUCCCUCGCACGAAUCCAAUUCCUCGGACAAUGGGGGACAGCGCGGCGAUCCCAGUGGGGCCGGCAUGCCGCCCACAUCCAUGCACUCGACAUUCCCGGCCGUGCCGCAGAAUCUGCCCGCCCAGCCGCCCUCCAUGGAGGCGUAUCUGCAUAUGGUGGCAGCAGCCGCACAGCAGUAUGGCUUCCCCCUGGCCGCAGCAGCGGCAGCUGGACCACGGCUACCCCUGCCGCUGCCCAAUGAGGCGGCGGCACCGUUCAAGCUGCCACCGCAAGCCUCGCCCACGGCCUCCAGCAAUCACUCGGAGGCGCUGGACUUUCGCACGAAUCUAUAUGGGCGCGCGGAAUCGGCAGAGCCGCCAGCCUCCGAGGAGGAGGAGGAUUUCGAUGAUGGGGCCAACAAUCCGUUGGAUCUGUCGGUGGGUACACGGAAGCGCGGCCACGACGCCGAGCCGCAGCUGGGGCACAUACAAGUGAAGAAAAUGUUCAAGUCGGAGAGUCCACCGGCGAAUGCAUCGCCUGCGCCGGCGCCACCCACUGCCAGCCAAUUGAUGCCGGGCGUCAAUCCCUAUCUGGCGGCUGUGGCGGCUGCCAAUAUCUUUCGCACCGGACAGUUUCCCGAUUGGAAUGGCAAAAAUGAUCUCGUGGUGGAUCCCCUCGAAAAGAUGUCGGACAUUGUGAGGGGCGGAGCACAGGGACACAAGGAGAAGCAGCAGCAUCAUCAUCAUCAUCAUCAGCAGCAACAGCAACAGCAUCAAUCGAAGGCCACACCGCCCGCCCAGGCAGCACCGCCAAAGAGUCCCGCACAGCAGCACCAUAAUUCCGAGGGAGGAUCAAGUUCGGGUGGUGGAGCUGCUGCAGGUGGUGGAGCUAACACGGCCACGGCUGGCGUGACCAAGGCACGCCACAACAUCUGGCAAUCGCAUUGGCAGAACAAGGGCGUGGCCAGCUCUGUGUUCCGGUGUGUGUGGUGCAAGCAGAGCUUCCCCACACUGGAGGCCCUCACCACCCACAUGAAGGACAGCAAACACUGCGGCGUGAAUGUGCCACCGUUUGGUAAUCUGCCCAGCAACAAUCCACAGCAGCAUCACCAGCACCAGCAGCACCAACAGCAGCAGCAGCAUCACCAUCAGGCAGCACAGCAGCCACAGCAGCAGAACCAUCAGAAUAUGCGCAAGCAGGCCAAUGCGAAUCACUCGCCCUCGGCGAAUGUCAAAAAUGCAUUUCAGUAUCGCGGUGAUCCACCGACACCGCUGCCCCGUAAGCUGGUGCGCGGCCAGAAUGUGUGGCUGGGGAAGGGCGUGGAGCAGGCCAUGCAGAUCCUCAAGUGCAUGCGGUGCGGCGAGAGCUUCCGUUCGCUGGGCGAGAUGACCAAGCACAUGCAGGAGACGCAGCACUACACGAACAUCCUGUCGCAGGAGCAGAGCAUCUCCAUCAAGUCACAGAAUCAGGCCAAUGCCAAUUCGGACUCGAAGGACAAUCACAACAACAGCCUCAGCUCCGAGGAGAGUCGCACCCUCAGCGCCGUGCUCACGUGCAAGGUGUGCGACAAGGCCUUCAAUAGUCUGGGCGAUCUCAGCAAUCACAUGGCCAAAAAUAAUCACUAUGCCGAGCCGCUGCUGCAGAAUGCGGGCGCACGCAAGCGGCCGGCGCCCAAGAAGCGCGAGAAAUCGCUGCCCGUGCGGAAACUGCUAGAAAUGAAGGGAGGCGGCGGCGGCGGCGGCGGUGGCGGUGCAGGAGCCAGCCAGGAUGAUUUGGCAGCGGAAAAGUCGGCAGUGCAGGGCAAACCCGGCCUGGGACCCGGCGGUGGCGACAAGAACGAUGCGGCACUCUUUGCCGAACGCAUGCGGCAGUACAUAACGGGCGUGAAGUCUCCGGAGGAGAUUGCCAAGGUGGCUGCCGCACAGCUGUUGGCCAAAAACAAAUCGCCGGAGCUGCUGGAGCAAAAGAAUGGCAACGCCAAGCCGGGCAAUUCGUCGGUGUUGAGUGCCAUCGAGCAGAUGUUUACCACCAGCUUUGAUACACCGCCGCGGCAUGCCAGCCUGCCGGCGAGCAGUCCCUCCAAUUCAUCGACCAAGAACACCUCCCCAGUGGCCAGCAGCAUACUGAAGCGUCUCGGCAUCGAUGAGACUGUGGACUACAAUAAGCCAUUGAUUGACACCAAUGAUCCGUACUAUCAGCAUUAUCGGUAUACGAGCAGCGAGCGCAGUGGCAGCGAAUGCAGCGCAGAGGCGGCGGCGGCUGCGGCAAGGCCACGUUUGGAUGCACCAACGCCCGAGAAGCAGCAACAGCAGCAGCCGCUGCCGCUGAUGACUGGAGUCGCCUCCAACACAGAGGAGUCUGCUGCGGCUGCGGCUGCUGCUGCUGCUGUUAGGCCCAUCAAGCAGGAGGAUCCUGCCAUCAAAAUGGAGAUCAAGUCUGAGAUCAGCGAUGAGCAGAACGAUGACGCGGCCAUGCCAUCGCCCAAAAUGGAGUCAACGCUGGUCAAUGGCAGCUACUCCACCACCACCAAUGCCUCCUCGGCCAACAACAAUAAUAACAACAACAACAACAAUGUGGAGCGUGCCUCACCCAAGACCCCCUCGGUGGCUGGCAGUCCACAGUCGACGCGGCUGCUGCCGCCGCGCAGUCCAGCGGAUAGCCAACGUUCGGCCACACCCAAGUCGCCAGCCUCCAGUCACAAGUCCUACGAUGGCAGCGAGGGCAACAACAAAAAGUAUCCCAGCGACUCGCUGAAUGCCCUCUCCUCGAUGUUUGACUCGUUGGGCGCCAGUGGCGGUGGCGGGGGAGCGGCUGCCAAUACGAGAGCCAAGCUGGCCGCUGCAGCGGCAGCUGUCGCCGGUGGCGUGCUGCCGCCCGUGGCUGGUGGUGGUGGCAGCGAAUCACCGGAAAAUCUAAGCGCCAGCAAUUCGCUGGCGGCACUGCGACAGUUCUGCGUGAAGAAGGAGAAGACCGCCUAAGAGCUGGAGCUUCUCGGCCGCAAACCGGACCGUUCCGUCAAACGCUCUCGUUAGCCUCGUUUUUUCGUUGUUUUUGCGCAAACAAAAAGCAUUUUCAAACAAAUUUUUUUGGGGUUUGCCUGCGCGUUGCCCACACGCCACCACCCACACCCCGCACUCCGCAUCAAACUGCCACAAGCAGCCCCCCGGAAAAAUUCCCAUGCACCUUUUUUGGGGUGGCGGCGGCGGUGUGGGGUGGGCGGACACUGCGGCAACCAUUCAGAGAGAAGAGAAGAGAGAGAUUCCAGAGUCAAAAGUACUGCCACUUGGACGACACUUUGACGACAGAUAGAAGAAGACACCACCGAGAUAUGGAAAGAUAUAUGUUCGGUAUCAUUGAAACGAUUAUAAUGAAAAUACUGAUUGAGGAGGAGAAGGAGAACUCAAUCCAGAUGCCAGGCGGCAGUUGGGGAUUGUAUCCUGCCGCGCGUACUACUCCUACGCCAUGGCGACGACCCACCCGCGCGUUCAGCAAGCCUUAAGGCCUACUUUUUCAAGAAUAUAUAAAACUUGGGAUCCUUGAAAAACUAUGGCUUGGCAUGGCUGAUCUACUGGUGGGGUUUUUUUUGUUGUUGUUAGAAAAAAAAACCACACAAACCAAGCCCUUGUCAGGGCUGCCACAUCUCUCUGCAAAGAGUUAUGAAA